UGCCGCGUCACAUUCCCUGGGCAACAUGGCGGCGCCCGGAGGAGACGAGUGUUGUGCUUAAUUUUGACACGCGUGUUGUAAAGACCUGUAAAAGUACCAAAACAUGCCUGCAGUGCUGAACCUCAGCAAUGAGGUGGUCAAGCUGAGAGCGGAGGUUAAAAGGGUGAAGGUGCUUCUCAUCCGAAAGCUCAUUCGUCAGAUCUCGGCUUUAGAGAAGAAGAAAGGAAGUCAGGCCGACCUGGAGAGGCACCGCAGGCGAGCAGCGAGACUUCGGGAGGAGAUCCAGGAGCUGAAAGUUAUAGUGCCCGACAAAGUCACGAAGGCUGCCCUGCAGAAGGACAUCAGCUUUGAGAAGGUGUGCCGGAAUAAAGAGGCCAGCCUGUCAGAACGAGCCAUUGCCCGAAUUGCCACGCACCCGCAGUUCAGCAAGAAAAUACGGAGCAUAAAGGAAGCCAUUAAAGCUUUUAAAGAGGAGAGAAUAAACACAAAAAAGGCUGAAAAACAAGCAAAAAACAAUGCAGAAGAUAUCACCCUGCCAAAUCAGCCACAAGAAACCAGUGAUGUUGAUAAAGGUUUAGAGAUAUUACAUGAUGAUGUAGAGGAGAAACUGAACGAAGAGGAGGGUGAUAAAAUAAUUGAUAAACCACAGGAGGAAACUUGUGGUUCUUCGCACGUGAGCCAGAUGACAAGUCUGGAAACAUCAAAUGAACAGACAAAUCUAUGCUCAAAGACACAGAUGUCAACAAUCCAGGAACAAGUCCCAGAGGAGGUGGUCAGGAUGAGAAAGGAGGUGAAGAGAACGAGGGUGCUGGUCAUCAGUAAACUGACACAACAAGUGGCUGCUCUGAAGAAGAAAAAGGAUGAAGAAUCUGAGGUGAAGGAGAAACAAGAACUGAUAGAAGAACUCAUGAAAGACAUCCAGGCUUUGAGAAGCCUUAAACCAGAUCAGCUGACCGUGACAGCCCUUCAGGAGAACAGUGAGCUUGAGAAGGUGCUGCUGGACCCUCAGACGAGCCCACUGGACAGAGCCAUCGCACGUAUCGUCACACAUUCCCGUUUCAUCAAAAAGCUUCAAAAAGUCAAAGAAGCCAUUGAAAAAGAGCGAGCUAAGGCUGCAGCAGCAGAGCAGAGAAAGAUAGACAGACAAAACUGGCUGCAGUCCAAGAAUAAAAGUGAGGAAGUGGAGGGUGAGAAGGGGGAUGAUGCUAAAGAGAGGGAGGAUGAGUAUAAAGAGGAUGAGGAGGAUGAUGAUGCCAACGAUAAAGAGGAUGAGGAUGAUGAUGAUGAUGAUGAUGAUGACAAUGAUGAAGAUGAGGAGGAUGAUGACAAUGAAGAUAAGGAUGAUGAUGGAGUAGAAGACAAACUGGACAGUUCUUCAAUAAAUAUCCAUAAGUCUGUAGAGUCAGAGAGCACAGCCUCUGAUGCUGUAAAGCUGCCACCAGUCAAGGAGAUCACAAUAUCUGAACAAUCCGGAGCGGCUAAAGUUAAAUCACAGAAUGCAGAUGCCACAACUUCAAAAGGUUCACCUGAAAAGUCUUUAGCAGUUUGCAGGACAGAGUCUAGGCUACCAAAGACCAUUGCAAAACCAGACAAAAAACCUGAAAACAUCAUAAAGCCACAAAACAAACAGGACCUGCCUGAAAACAAGCUACCUCAGUCAAAAGAGGACGAAGAAGAGAGCGAUUUAUCUGAUGAUGAUGAAGAAGAGAAGGAAUAUUUCGACGACAGCACAGAGGAGCGUUUCCAUAAGCAGUCAUCUCACUCAGAAGAGAGCGAUGAUGAUGACUUCUUCGUCGGCAAAGUGAGCAAAUUUAAGAAAAGAAAAACCGGCCAAGCUAAGGUUGAGGGAAGCAAGACCCAAAAGCCUGACAAAUCCCAAGAUGUUGCGAAUGUAGCUGUCGAGCCAAACCUCGGCAAAUUACAGUCUGUUUUUUGCUCAACUUUGUCCAAAUCAGGCAUCAACUCCCAGAAUACAAAGCCUGGCUCUCGACGUGAUCGGUCAAGGCAUCCUCGUUUUCAGAACCAGAAGAAAGGUCCGGGGGGUAGGAUGAAAACAUCUCCAUACAAAGACCCUGCCACUGACAGGAAGGCCGAACCUUUCAAUCCCAACAAACAGACAUUUAAGUUUGCCGGGCAGAGGCAAGGUGGACCUCCAGGAGCCGGGAGGGGAAAGUCGCAGUUUGAGCAGCAUCAGAAUUCCAGAGGUCCGCCUGUCAAGAUUUCAAAUCCACCCCAGCAAUCCCUUCACCCCUCUUGGGAAGCCAGCAGAAAGAGAAAAGAGCAACAGGCACAAAUCACAGUAUUCCAAGGGAAAAAGAUCAAAUUUGAUGAUUAAGCAGAAUCUUACAGGUAUAGUUCACCCAAAAAUGAAAAUUGUGUCAUCGUUUACUCACUCUCAUGUUGUUACAAACCUGUAUACAUGUCUUUGUUUUGAUGAACACAAAUAAAGAUAUUUUUAGGAAUGUUUGCCACCAAACCGUUCGUGAGCCUCAUUCACUUCCAUAGUAGGAAAAAGAAUACUAUUGAAGUGAAUGGGGCUCGUCUGGUUAUGAACAUUCCUUAAAAUAUCUUCAUUCGUGUUAAUCAGAAGAAAUGAAAUGUAUACAGGUUUGUAACAGCAUGGGAGUCAGUAACUGACAGAUUUUUUUAUUUUUGAUUGAACUAUCCCUUUAAAAUUCAAAUAUCUUAAUAUUUUAAAGCAUGUCUUUAUUUACUGUGAAUUUCUAUUAAAGACAUGAAAAAUGUAGUGAAAUUGUCUUUUUUAAACAGCGAAUGACUCUUCAAAGCUAAUGGUUAUUUUUGUUUAUCUUGGACUGAUGCUUUCCCACCUGUAUAAUAUGACUAAAAGUCUUUUUUAUCUGCCAUAACAGUUUUGCUUUAUUUAGUUCAGUUGGAGAAGUAAAUUUUAAAGAUUUAUCAAACGAUCGUGUUCAUUUAUUUGUAUAAGGUCGAUAAAUGUGUAUAAAUAUUGAGUGCAGAUCUGCAUUUGAUGUUUUUCUUUUCUUUACGUGUUCAAUACGUAAAACAUGUUGUUAUUGUGUAGUUAAGAUGUACAAAACUGUACAUGCAAGUUUUCCUGUACUUAGUUCCAAAUCAAAUGCUUUGUUCGGCAUAACAUUAAACAGGACAUUU